AUGGAAAUGCAUCCAUCAACGGCGUCACAUCUCUCUCUCACACUCGGGUAUCUGCCCUACCUCGAAAACCUGCUGCUGCUGUUGCCGGUGUCUCCAUCUCCGUUCUCUACGAAUGCCAACCAAAACAGGCAUCGUCCCCCCGCCCUUAUCCCUUUACGUGUAUGUGUCUAUAUAGGCAAUAUUGACCACCCAAAGCAGCAAGAUCAACCCAGACGAAACCCAAAAACCCCAGCCAUGAAACCCGGCAACCGCAGACUGCUUCCGAACGGCAGCAGCCCCACCCCACCACCUCUCCCGGCAGUACCGGGCAAAGCCGCCGCCCAGCUCUACUCGUCCUCCAAUUCCAUGGCAGUGACGGCGCUCAUAAUCCUCCUCGCACUCUUCUUCUUCGGCUUCUUCUCCGUCUACGCCCACCGCUUCGUCUCCGGCCUCCGCCGCUCCGAAGCCCGUCGCUGGCGCGCGCGUCAGCAGGCGGCCCGCCGGCAGAGGGGAAGUCGCUUCGAGGCCGCCUGCGGCCUCGACCCCUCCGCGGUACUCGCUCUGCCGGUUCUGCGCUACGUCGGCGCGGGAGAGGGGGUAGGGAAGGAAGGGUGCGUGGUCUGCCUCGGCGAGUUCGAGGAGAAGGAGUGGGUGAAGGUGAUUCCCCGGUGCGGCCACGUGUUCCACCCGAGCUGCAUCGAUGCGUGGCUGGUGUCCCGUGGGUCGUGCCCGAUCUGCCGCUGCUCCGACGUGUUCGCCUCCUGCUCGACCUCCAUUGUCCUCGGGGUGGAGGCAGAAGGAGCGGCAGCAAAGGAGGCAGGUUUAGGGAAUAGGAGCUGCAGCUGCCGCUGGAGGGGAGAUCAGGGAGCGGAGAAGGAUAAGAAGGCGGAAGUGUACCUGCGGCGCACCUGCAGCUCGUGACGGAGAGAAGUACGUGUGUUGGCAGACCAUGUAAGAAUCAAUCAUCAUUUGCAGGCGUUGCUAUCGGAAGCAAUCACCCGCACUCUGCAACGUGUGCAAUUUACGCCCGAUGUGGACUAGUUAUUUCUAAACCUUUGGGUCAAGACAAAACAGCUAUGAUAAACAUCAUCAUGUUUGUAAUCGUUAUCAUUCAUCAGUUUCAUCAUCAUCAAGUUCAGUUCA